AUGGACGGCGAGAUUUCAGAUAGUAGCAGCAAUAUUACAACAGAUGACGAGAGACCGAUUCGCGGUAGGGUUAGCAAUAGGAGACGGGGGAGAGGAAGGGCAAGAGGAAGGGCUAGAGGUGGCAGAUGUCGAGGUAGAAGACCAGUACAAGACUUUGGUCAACCGGUCAGAGCAGAAGUUGCUCUAGCCGAAAGAGAUCGACAGAUGCAGGAAAGGAUAGAAGGCCUAUCUUUGGAUAGUAUGAGGAUUGCCAUUUUAAAUGCCUACUACCAACAACCUAGUUUUAUUUUCCGAGUUUUAGAGGCAACAAACCAUCCAUCUAAUCCGGUUAAUCCUCCAUCAAGUCCAAUUCCGCCUUCCCCACAAGACAUACCAUCUUGGUGUCGCUGUACUCACUGUAGGGAAAUGCCAAGUGAAGUGGAAAAAAGGUGUUGUAACCAGAUUCCACGGAAUUGUCACUCAAGAUUACUUGAUUUUCAAAACGUUGUGUUGGACCCCUUGGUUUUGGAGGUGGCGAUGAGGUAUAGAAAUGACAUGUUGGCCAAACCUCAGGACCUUGAUUACAGUAGGUGCCACAGACAUACAGCAUAUCGACAAUAUAUUCUGUGGAUACAUGGGUACCUUGGUGUUGGAAACAGACAAGUGAUACCAAGCUGCUGCGUUUGGGCAAUCCGAGACAGAUACCCAGACCCCUCAGGACAAUAUGUGGGAUUUGUUCAAGGACGAUUUGGUUAAAUAAGAAAUAAAUUUU